AUGACACCCCCAGACGAAGCGCCACAGUCUCGUGGCCGAAGACGGUCGCACCACGCCUGCUUCACCUGCCGACUCGAUGUCCCGGAGAGAGGCCGGUCUGCUCCAGCUGCUCUCGGCUCAGCCAACCUUGCUCCUACCCACCAGCAGCAAAAGCAAAGAAUGAACGAUCCAUUGGCCAGCCUGGAAGAAAAGCUGGAUCUCCUUCUCAACGGCGGCUUGUACAUGAGACGACUUGACACCAUUGUGAACGCGGGGACGACCAACCAUCCCUCCUCCUCCUCCUCCUCCCACCCUUCAGAUACUGCCUCUGCGCCCCUCGAGGACAUUCCCGACGUCUCAGACAAAUCCUGCUCGGCCACCCCUCCCGCUCCCGAGUCCGGCAAGGCCCCCAGCCUUUAUUCACACCCUUCCACCGUACUCUUCGACUCGGAGGACUCGACGUUACUCCCUGGUAGGUCCGAUAUCCAGGAUGGCAUCGGCCUCUACUUCAAGUUUUGCCACCGCCAGCCCAUCUGGUGCUUUGAUCGUGACCAGGUCAGCAACUAUGAAGCCAUACCCGAGGAGCUAGCAUGCAGCAUACUCGCCUUGACCUCUCGCUUCUCCGAGAAGCGCGUGCAGCUGCAGCUGUACGGCGAGACGGCAAAGACGCUCAUAAUGCUCCGCGUCGCCAAUGGUUCCGUCGAGCUCACCACCAUCGAGAGCCUGUGUUUGCUUUCCUACUCCUCAUUCAUUGAUGGCAACUUUCACCUGGGUCAGUUUCAUCUCGGUCUCGCCUUCCAACUCUGCCGGUCAGCCAUGUUGGACCUGGACCUCGUCUACGCCUUGGAAGACCGGACUACGGAGCGCAAGAAGAGGCUCUUCUGGAGCCUCCAACUGCUCGAGCAUUUCUAUGGCCGCCAGACGGGGCUCCUAAGCAGCCCCAGCAAGAUUUGGUGGUCGACUGAUGCUGGCAACAUUGAGAUUGACCCCACGGCCCCGCCGCUCCCCCGUGAUGAACUCGGAACCUCGGACCCCAGUGAGCCGGGAAUCUGGAACACAGGAGCACAUCUUGCCUGGGUCUGGAGCCAGGUCCGAAAGUACGUCUCCAACUGCGCCCGCAAUAUCCUCAAGGAGCCCUGGCGUCACGACUCCAUGUACGCCAAGGUGGUGUCCGACUUUAUGGAGACGGAGAACAGUAUACCUAUAUGCCAUCGCUAUGACUCGGCCAAGUUCUACAAACGUAAUGUCGAGGAGAUUAAGAUGCACCGCGACUACUGGGCCCCCUGGCUCAAGGAACAGUUCACCUACCAUGCCAUCCCCACCGUUCUCAACCACCCGUUCCUCUACAUCAUCGGUGCCCAGCACAAUCCGAACCUGGCCAUCCCAAACACCUUUUGGCGGCGCUCCUCAGAGCUCGCCCUGCUGCACGCCACCUGGAUUGUCCGCAUGAUAGACAUGGUGGUCGACAAGCAUAUUCCCCUGGCCGACCCCUUUUUCGGUCAUGUUGCUGCCAUUGCCGCAACGGUCCAUCUGUAUUACUGCUGCGCUGCGUCCCCCAGGCUCAAGCAUAAGUCUAACACGGACUUUGCAAAGUGCAGGAGGUUUCUCAAGGGAUUUUUGUUCCACUCCGCAGGCUGUGCACAACUGGACCGCAAUCUUGACAAGAUGACGCAGAUGGCCGCCGGUCCGGAAAGCAUGGACGUAGAGGACUGGAUGCCCUCCAAAAUCUACCUGAGCGUGCCCCUGAUGUGGGAGAUCCUACAGUUCAACUCGACCGAGCAGCCGCAAGAGAGCCCAACGGGCGGUCUCUUAGAUUCAUCUCUGGUACCUCCACGUAGACGGCAGGAACCCGACGAGGACUCGACCAUUGAGAUCAUUGUCGCCACGUCCCCCGAGAUCUCCAUCAACACGGCUGACGGCGGUCAGGAGGCACCUACCAUGUCGUCUUCUUCGUACAAGGGCAGGGCGCCACAACCGCCACCACCACCGCAGUCUUCCUCGACAUCGUCGUCGUGGAAUGCGGCCCGAAACGCCAGGUACAUUGCCGACCAGGCGGAUAACCUCAGUCUCAACUUUACACCGUGGCUGUACGCAGACUCUCUCCAACUAGCCAACCUGGCAGAUGCGAGCUACGAUCAGUCCCAGUCGCAUGCUAUGGGAGAGAACAGAAGCAUGGCAUGGUGGGAGGGGGGUAAUUUCAGCAACAUAAUGUUUAGUCAACUCUGA